CUAAAGACAUCUGUUUGAAGGCCUCACUUCAACCGCACCUACUGUCCUUUCCUACGACGACCUUCGAUCGCCGAUUACCGGCGACCUCAUUCACUUCCUCUGUUCAAAUCUCCAUCUAUAUCAAUAUAAACAUCCUACAUCAGGUCAGUCCUUAAACUAUGUGGUUUUAUGUCGGCGUGUAUUAACAAUCAGAAAGAUUCAACCGUUGGUGGCCGGUUUAUCUCGAAGUGAGGUUUAGCCAUUGGUGUCUUCUUUCAAUGUCAAUUCCUGUUGUCUCUCGAUGCCUUUCAACUUCCGUUCGAACCAAAAACCCUAGCUUUUGUUUCACGACGUUUUCAGUUACGAAUUCGGUAGAAAAAUUGUGGACGCAUUUGCAGAGUAAUGAUCCAAACAUUGAAAAAACCCUAACAAGAGUUGGGGCUAAAUUGGAUUCUUCAUGCGUAAAGGAGGUGAUAAGGAGAUGCGGUUCUACUGAUCAGCGUUCUAUAUUAGGUCUUAGAUUCUUCGUAUGGGCUGGGGUUCAACGUGAGUAUAGGCAUAACUCAUACAUGUAUAACAUAGCUUGUAAACUAUUAAGGGUUAAUCAAAAUCCUAAUGUGAUUAGGGACGUUAUCGAGGCAUAUUCUGUUGAUAAUUGUGUAGUGAAUGUUAAAAGUUUUAAGGUUGUUUUGAAUAUAUGUAAGGAGGCUAGGCUUGCCAAUGAGGGUUUAUGGGUGUUGAAGAAAAUGGACUAUUUUAAUUGUAGGCCAGACACAACGGCAUACAAUGUUGUGAUUAGGCUGUUCUGUGAGAAGAAUGAGAUGGAUGAGGCAUUUAGGUUGAUGGAGGAGAUGAGUUUGAGUGAUCUUUACCCUGAUAUGGUGACAUUUGUUGCAAUGGUUAAGGGGUUUUGUGAUUUGGGUAGGAUAGAAGAUGCUAGUAGGUUGUUUGAGGUUGUAAGCCAACAAGGGUGUUCUCCAAAUGUGGUUGCGUAUUCGGCUCUUCUUGAUGGGAUUUGUAGAGUUGGAAAUCUAGAGAAAGGGUUGAAUUUAUUGGAGGAGAUGGAAAACAAAGGUGGUGUUUGUGCUCCAACUGUUGUUACGUAUACAUCUAUGAUCCGUAGUUUUUGUGAAAAAGGUAGGUCUCUGGAGGCAUUUACCAUUUUGGAUAGGAUGGAGGCUUGUGGUUGUGCACCAAAUAGGGUCACAAUAAGUACCUUCAUCAAUGGCCUUUGCAAGGAGGAUCGAGUGGAAGAAGUCUAUAAGUUGAUUGAUAGAGUCGUUGCUGGUGGGAGUCUUUCCGAAAGUGAGUGUUAUAGCUCUCUUGUGGUGACGUUAUUCAGGGUUGGAAAUUAUGAAGACGCUGAGAAAUUAUUUAGGAGAAUGUUGGUUAGUGGUUUGAAGCCGGAUGGGUUGGCUUCUAGCACGUUCUUAAAGCGGUGUUUGAAAGAGCAACGAGCACUAGAUGCUUUCGUGUUAUACAAUGAAAUUGAGAAAUUGGGGUUUGCAGCUUCCAUUGAUUCGGAUAUUUAUUCUAUCAUGAUGGAUGGGCUCAUUACCAAGAGCCAUUUGUUAGAAGCUUCAAAGCUUGCUAGUAUGAUGGUUCAGAAAAGCAUCCGACUUAAAGCUCCUCAUAUAGAUGGUGUAGUCGAGUGUCUAAAGAAUGCUGGAGAAACAGAACUAGUGUCGCAUAUAUAUAAGGUGAAUGGUGGUUGAGUAUGG